AGAGGAUGUGUCUGGGUGAGAGAGAGUGUGUGUGUGAGGGGAAAAGAAGGAAAGCCGUCAGUAGAAUGGAUUUGUGCCCUCUCUCCUCCACCCUUUCUUCUCCUCUCCUCCAUCUCAUCUGUCCUCCUUCACCCUCCUCUGACAGUGUCGCACCCCGGGCGCCCACAGUGGGAAAGGAGACUCGUCCGGUGGAUGGGCAGCUGAAAAGUGAACUUCAAUGUCAGCAGGAGAGCAGAAGAAUGGUGGUGACAAACCAGGAGACACAGUGCCAGCGGCAGAGGUAUGGCCAGAGGUGGAGAGGGCCGAGCGUUUGGCCCGCGGUGCUGCCCUGAAGUGGGCGUCGGGUGUUUUCUGUCGACCUGAGCAUUUGGAGCGACUGAGCCACUACAAAAAGAGAGAGAGUCAGAGGACGACUUCCAUACACACCAGGCUAAAGUCCAUGGUCCAGUCCUACCUGGAGGGUGUAGGCUGGGGUCUGGAGCAGCUCCAGGAGGCCAGAUCAGAGCUGAAGGAGGUGUCACAUGCUUUGAGGAAAGCAGGACUGGAAUCCAAUCAAAACGCAGAGGGAGUGAAGUCACUGGAGAGACUAAGAGAAGUGUCAGUCAACCACCGGCAGCUCCUCGCCGCUGUCAGCAACUUGCCUCGGCUUUACUCUGUGCGCGGCAUGGUGUUGGAGACGGAGCGUCUGGUGGAAUCCCGGCGGCUCCUGGAGGCCCACGCUCUGCUGAUGGAUCUGGAGCAAUGGCAGGAUGACAUUCUCUGGCAGCUUCAUGGAGCUUCUGGGACGACAGGAAGUGCACUCGGCAGCGAAGACAAAGAGCUGGUGGCCAAAUAUUUCUCUGGUGUUGGGCAGCUUGUGGACGCCCUGGGUAAGGAGCUGUGGGCAGUGGUGAGCAGUGCUCUGGCUCUGGCCCGACAGAAUCCCACACCAUUUGUAUCAGCAGUGAGGAUAGUGGAGCGGGAGGAAGCUCUGGACCAAGCUCUGCAGGAGGAGAGAGGCAGCACCGGGGGCAACAGCAGGCCUCUGCCCCCUGGACGACCUCGAUGCUGGAGAGCAUGCUUCUUCCAGGUACUAGAGGAGGCAGUUUCCGCAAGGUUUCGUAGCGUUUCUUACCUGCACACACGUGGUCCAGGUCUGGCAGGACAUCUCUCUGCGCUCCAGCAUGCCACAAUGACUGACCUGGCCACUGUGCGCCACCUACUGGAGCACUGUGUGCCACCACAUUAUCGGCUAACAGGAGCCUACCUGAGGGCCAGCCAUCGAUGUUUACGUGCUCACCUUGCACAGGUUAGCAGCUGGGAUCUGGAGAGCGGGGAAAUCUUUGCUGUGCUCAACUGGGUGCUACAUAUCUACAACAGCCUAGACAUGAUGGGUCACCCAGAGCUAGUGACUGAGCUGGAGAAAGAAGAGCUGGGACCUCUCAUCUCCACUGAAGGCCUGGAGCAGCUGCAGGGAAAAUAUGUGCAGAGUGUUCGAAAGAGUGUGUCAGAGUGGAUGCACAAAGCUCUACAGGUGGAGCUGCAAGACUGGCAAAGAGACCAGGAACCGGAUACAGACCAUGAAGGCUUCUACCACACCAGCCUGCCUACAAUCAUCACACAGAUGCUGGAGGAGAACGCCCGCGUGGCCCGGAUGAUCGGAGAAUCACUACGAGAUCAGACGAUACAAAUGGGACUGUACGAGAUGGAGAACCUAUUAAACAGGUUUCGGGAAGCUCUGGUGGAAUUUGGCAAAGAACAUCGCAGGGAUCCGAGCAACAACAAAAACAAGUUCUACCUCCACUAUUUGCUGGCCUCCAUCUGCAACUGCAUCAUUCUCAAAAAGUCCACAGAGAGCCUGCAGCAGCAGCAGUCGUCCCGCUCAGCAGGCCAGUUCUCUCGGACUCCUCCCAACCCGCUGGCAGCUCUGGACCGGGCAGUGAGACGUGCAUGUCGCCUGGUGAUGGAUCAGCUCCUGCUGGACCUUCAGCCCCUCCUCCCGGGCCUGGUGACCCGAUCCUGGCUCGUCCAGGGAGGCCCCACACCCAAACUCUGCCACAUCCUGGAGCACCACCUGGAGCUGUACGGCCGCGUCCGGCCACCCUGCCGACAGCGUCUGCAGGAGGAGGCCCAGUGGCUAAUGGUGGUGGAGUAUGUCAGAGCUCUGAUGCAGAAGAGGCUGGUGUGUCGCAGCGCUGAUGAGAGGAGGCAGCUCGCUCAGCAGAUGGUUCAGGACGAACAGCUGCUCAGAGAAGUCCUCCACGGCUUGGAGGGCGAAGGCUCGGUACCUGAAGUGAACCCUCUGGCUAUACUUCCUGUCCUGGCUGAAUUCAUCCGACUCAAAGACCCCAGCAUGCUCACUCUGGAAGUGUCUGGACUCGCAGCCAAAUACCCAGACAUCAGUGAAGAGCAUGUGUCUGUUCUGCUGGACAUCCGUGGUGAUGUCUCCAGGGACAUCAGAGGGGCUGUGCUGGACCUGCUGGAGGAGAGCGCCCCCCCUCUGCCAGCAGGAUAUCGGCCUAUCUUCACUGAUAUCCUGGUGCCUCCCUCCACCAUGGCCUUCUGUCUGCCCACUGCCAAGUGUGCAUAACUACAACUGAAACUCACUUCCUCUCACUGACAUCAGAACGGACCUGAUUCCCCAGAAUCUGUUCCUGCUUUGUUUUGCAUUUAACUGCAGUCAUUUCAUUAUUUACAUAUUCCGGGGAGCGAAAACUAAAGCUCCUUAGUCUCCUCGUUGGACCCUCACAGUUUUACACACAUGGUUUUCACAGUCUUCCUUUGCUGCCCACUGCAGCAGGUUUAUGGUCGUUGUUGUUUGUUUCCACUGCACCUUCAGUUUACCACUAAUUUAGAGCUGUCCGUGCUGGUUCAGUUUCUACCUUUCCUUACCUAAGAAAGCAAUCAGUCUAAAUCUACGAGCUACAACGACUGAUUGUUCAGCUGCUAUAAAGCCUUAAGAAACAUUACGGGUAGAACAGCUCUGUUAGCAGCUGUUCUUGGCUGUUCUAGAUUUAAUGCAGCCUCAGGCACCAAGAAUAUUGAAAGAAUGUUGUGUUAAACAGGGUUGUUGGGGUCUGAAUUAUCUAUAUUAUGGCAAAGAUAACAUGAUUUAACCACAGCACAAGUAUAGAAGAGUCAAAGCCACAGGAAAAGUUCAGUGUUUAUGUAGGACUCUGUCGUUGCAGCAGAAGUUUUAACCUUCAAACUGUAAUACAUGCAAUUGAAGACUGUAUGUAUUGAAGCACUCUUUCUUUAUUUUGGUUUUGGGGGGGGAAACAGAUUCUUUACGUCAAGCCAUUUGUGUGAUGCAAUCUAUUAAAGAUAUUCAACCAGGAUCUGGUAACACCACUGAUAAACUCAUGAACUAAAGCUAAUAGGGAAACCUUCAACUGUAAAAUGUCCCAGAAAGAAGCGUUUACUCACAGGAUGUCAGCAAAUUCAAAGGCUCUGGUGGUUGCUUUGUAGAAUAUACAGUAACAGACGAGGAUUAAGUUACUGUGCAAACCCUCGUCUAAUAGAACUUUUUCAAAUCAGAUAUUUCUAAACUUGAAAUGGUAGAACAGAGGUUUUAUCAACAACACUAAUUUGGUUUCCACUUCAGUUUUGAGAGCCAGGGUCGUGUGUAAGGAUAAAAGGUCAUUUUUGUCAUACUCAUUAUAUCAUUUCUAAAACAACAAGGUGGCCUAAGACUUUUGCACAGCACUGUAGGUUGUAAAGUACAGUAUGUAAACUGCGUGCUAGCAAUUCCCAAAUCAUGAGCUUUAAAUCAAACCUGAACAUCACCUUUACAUUUUAUUUUUUUUACUUUCUCCAGAUGUGUGCCAUUGUUUAGAUUUGGUAUUAUAUUUGAUUUAAAUAUAUUUAUUGUAUUUAUGUAUUUGUGUGUGUUCUUUCUUCUGUGGCAUUUUUAAAGGGUAAUUUGCUUGUGUGGUUUGAUGCCAUGUUGUUAAAUAAAUGCUCACAUAACUGCUUUGUAAA